AUGGCAGCUCAGGACGAAAUGAUGAUGGAUGAAGAUGCAUCAUCUUUAUCCUCGUCAAUAUCAACUGAAUGUUCGUCAUCAUCAUCAUCAUCCUCAUCAUUAAUUGAAUAUUCAUCAUCAUUAUCGACUGAUUUAUUGAAACCUACGGUUAAUAAAACAGUGUCAAAUAAACGAAGACUAAUGUUGGAUAUUGAAGGUUACAAUUUCCAGCUGAAAAAUUUUAGUAAAGACCAAACUGUGAAGUUUUGGCGGUGUGCCAAUAGAACGUGUCGUGUACUUGUACACACAACUCUUGAAAAUGAAUUUAUACGUUAUGGUGGAAAAUCAUCUAUCUAUUCUCAUUUACCAAAUCCAUCUGCAACCGAAGUACGAAAUUUACGAGAAGCUAUGCGAAAAAGGGCCGAAAACGAAACAACAUCAUUGCAAAAAAUCGCCGAACAAGAAGUACGACAAGCAUUGUUGACAGGCGAAGCUUUAGCAGUUUUACCUCGCAUUAAUAAUUUAGGUCAUAAUCUGGUACAUCAGCGUCGUAAAGCAACUCUUCCAGUACCACAAUCAUCGUCUUUUUUCUUACCGGAAUCUUUCACAAAAGAUUUUUGUGAUAAAGAUCGUUUGUUGUUGUACGACAGUGGUGAUCUUAAAUUUCAACUAAAAGAAUCAGGACAUAUGCGAUGUGUGCCGGUAUUAUAUGUGUUGCUGCCUGAUCGAAAAGCACCAACAUAUGUUCAUCUAUUCAACGUAUUAUUUAACGGAGCAGAACGAUUACAUAAGAAAUUCGAUCCUAAAACAAUUAUGACUGACUUUGAACCUGGUCUUACAAAAGCAAUUAGUCUUGAGUUUACAGAGAACACCACGCAAAAAGGAUGUUACUUUCACUUUACAAAGGCGAUUUACAGAAAUGUUCAAUCGUGCGGUCUAGCAUCCGUUUAUAUGGAUAAUAUGGUGAUUCGUAAUGUUAUUCGUCGAAUAAUGGCAUUGGCUUUAGUACCUGCACAAUUUGUUUCGACAUUAUUUAAUGAUCUUCAAAAUGAUUUAAAUGAAUAUGAAAGUGAUGAAUUAGCUCCAUUAUUCAAGUACUUCAAUAAUUACUGGUUGCAACGAACGUCAAUGUGGAACGUAUUUGACAUUCCUGAUAGAACGAACAAUUUCAGUGAAGGUAUGUUUAAAAAGUAUGAUAAUUACAAAUUUGUAAUUGACACAUACUUGUAGGCUAUAAUAACACAUUUAGCAAUCGCUUGGAUAAAUGUCAUCCCAAUAUUUGGUACUUUACCGAUGCUAUUCAAAAAGAAGUGGAUACUAUCCAUAGUAUGAUCAUCCAAAUAAACGGUAAAAUGUGUCCACGUACGAAACGAUUAUAAACAAGAAUAGCUGAAGAUCGAACGAAUGAAUUAUACGAUCGAUUUAAAAACAAUACAAUUACAGUAUAAGAAUUAUUAGAAAAACUUUCAUUUUUCGUGCCGAAUGAUUAAUUCAAUAAAAUCUUAAACGUUCUCCUAGAUCAAAUCUCAUCAUUAACAUCUUCAACUAGUAUUAUCCACUUUUCUAGUCAAAGAACAUUUUUUAAGGAUUACUUCUUCGAGGCAUGUUGGUCAUGAAAGGACAUUUUAUGUGAAAGACAUUUUCUAUGAGGACAUUUUGUCCGAGGACCAAAAGCCAAGGACAUUUCGUCAAGGACAUUUCGUCAAGGACAUUUUUGCACGGACAUUUUUGACUAUUACCUCUGUCUCAGCCAUUGAAGUGCUUCGAAAACUUUCUUUUUUCGAACGGUCAAAACAUUUUUUAAUUGAUUUUGUUGCGGAGGACGACAUCCAACAAAGAUUGUCUUUAGAGAAUCACAUAGACCAUCUAAAUCUAAUGGUAAGGUAGUAGCUAUGUUAAUAACAUCUUGCGAAAAACUAAUGCAAUUCCCCUUUAAAGCUGACUGAGCUGUACUUGUCGAAUGAAAAGACGAAUGUAACUUGACAAUGCAGCUAUUAUGUCUAUAAAGAGCAAUCAGUUUUUGUUCAGGAAUUGUUAGUCCUUGUAGUUCUUCUGGGACAUCUCCAACCCAUAUUUUGUUGGCAGGCGAAAAUUUCGGUAUUUUCUCUUUUAUUAGAGAUGACCAAUACUAUGAACAAAUAUCACAGUGAACCGAAUAUCGUCUUUUUCUCUCAACAGUUUUAUGCAAUCCUGCUGUAUAAAAAAACGAUACCGUUUACACAAAUAAACAACGUUUUAGUCAUUGUUGAUUGAGUAUUUGUAUCUGAAAUUAAAAAACAAGAUUAUUUACUUUGUUAGUUUACGUAUUAGCAAGACCAACCUCCUGCUUUUUCUGUCUGAAUCAAAACCAUGGCAGGAUCGUCCCUCAUGUUAAGAUUAUCAUGUGACUGAAAUUGGUGUGUUUCCUGCAUUUCCGAAAUUAUGCCAUAAAAAUCAUCGGGUACUUUCAGUAAUUCAACAGGCGGUAUUUGACUGAACGGUAUGUGGCGGAGAUCACGUUUGUAGCAGCGAAUGUUACAAAUAUCGCAAACAUCUUCUUGCAGCGAACUCAUCGACAUAUGUUGAAUAAAGUUCUUUAGACAGUUUUUCUUACGUUCUAUAUCAAUACGUUUUGACCAUUCAAAGUCGUUACUUUCUUGUUGGUGCUUGCCACUUUUUCGAAGCCGCUUUCUCUAACGAAUAGAUGCGCACUGACGUUCGUGAUCAUCAGGUAUGUAAGCAGCUCGUCUUGCGGUACUUCUUUUGCGAUCUAUCACGCGCUGUUCUUCAGCUUCUUUUGGUGACGUUAUAGCUCGUUCACUCAUAGUUCUUCCAGUAGCAAGUGUUUGUUGUAGCUGGAUUUCUUUCGGUGUAAGAGCAGCUCUCCAUGCUCCAACUUUCUCACGAGUUUGCUCUCAUUGUUUUUUCGAUUUCUUCCAAUGUUAAAGGAGCUCUUCUAGCUGCACUUCUUUCUCGUGCACAGGUACGUUCUCGUUCAGCUUGUUCUGGUGUAAAGGCAGCUGCUCUGGAAGCACUUCUUUCCCUUGCAAGCAACCGCUGUCUUUCAGCUUCCUUCUGUGUACCUUGAGCUCGUUUAACAGCCAUCCUUUGACAAGCUUGUAAUCGUCUCUUGCCAAUAUUCGUGUUCUCCUCGCGCGUGUGAGCCUCACUUGCUUGUAGUCUUUGUUUAGCCAGAAGAGUUGUUGCGUUUUCCUGGCUUACCAUGGAAUAUGCUGAUGAUGUUUGAUAUUGUUGU